AUGUUCUUGUCUACAGCCAUCCCGGUCUUCAUCACAACAAUAACUCUGCAGACUUUGACCAAGAUGCUCUCAAACCAGCUAAUGGAUGUGGAGAGUUUGAUAGCAUCAAUUACCAUGCGACAGCUUCCGUGCCUUGCCAAUCCUCCACCGCACCGACUGUUUGCCCUUAGGGUCGCGCUGCUGCUGGGCUCCGUUGCUAACCAAACCCCUCGCCCUAGCGUCGCCGUCCCGUCCCUCACCAAGGCGCUCCUGACGAUGCGCUUGGGGAAUCCCUACAUGUGCAAUAACGAAUGUGAUGCGAGUACCCAAGAACUGGCUCAUCCUCCGGAACUGAUGUUCGAUCUCGAAGGAAGACAUCCCUCCACAUUUUGGCAGUCCACAACUUGGAAGGAUUAUCCAAAGCCUCUUCAUGUUAAUAUUACGCUCUCCUGGAACAAAACCAUUGAGCUGACAGAUAACAUAGUUAUCACUUUUGAAUCCGGCCGUCCAGACCAAAUGAUCCUGGAGAAAUCGCUCGACUAUGGACGAACAUGGCAGCCCUACCAGUACUAUGCCACAGACUGCUUAGAUGCUUUCCACAUGGAUCCAAAAUCAGUGAGGGAUUUAUCGCAGCACACAGUCCUAGAAAUCAUUUGCACAGAGGAAUACUCUACUGGGUACAUGACAAAUAGUAAAAUAAUCCACUUCGAAAUCAAAGAUAGAUUUGCUUUUUUUGCUGGACCUCGGCUUCAUAACAUGGCUUCUCUUUAUGGCCAGCUUGACACAACCAAGAAGUUAAGAGAUUUCUUUACCGUCACAGAUCUGAGGAUAAGAUUGCUUAGGCCAGCAACUGGAGAAAUAUAUGUAGAUGAGCAACACCUGGCACGCUACUUUUAUGCAAUUUCGGACAUAAGGGUAUAUGGAAGGUAAGAGAAUAUAUACCUUUAG